AUGUCGUCUGUGCCGGGUCGGCGUGUUUUCACGGUGAAACAGCCCCUAGGUGUUGCGGCUGCGUUAGUGCCCUGGAACUUUCCGAUCGCGAUGGUCUUGCGCAAGGCUGGGGCGGCGCUGGCGGCGGGGUGUACGAUGAUCGUGAAGCCGAGUCCCGAGACGCCCGUGUCGACGCUGGUGUUGGCGGAGUUGGCAAGAAGGGCCGGGUUCCCGGCUGGGGUGCUGAACGUGCUGACGACGGAUUUGGAGAACACGCCGGCGCUGAGCGAGGCGCUUUGUCGGCAUGAACUGGUCAAGAAAGUGACGUUUACGGGGUCGACGAGGGUCGGGAAGUUGAUUGCGAGGCAUUGCGCGGAUGGCUUGAAGAAGGUGACGUUGGAGUUGGGUGGGAAUUGUCCGUUCUUGGUGUUUGAUGAUGCCGAUCUCGACCAGGCGUUGGAGCAGUUGAUGGCGCUGAAGUGGCGCCAUGCUGGCCAGGCGUGUAUCACGGCGAAUCGCGUGUAUGUGCAGGCGGGCGUGUAUGAUAAGUUUGCGCAGUUGCUGAAGGAGCGCACGCAGAAGUUGGUGGUGGGGCAUGGCGCGACGGAAGGGACCACGAUGGGGCCGUUGACGACGCCGCGGGGUGUCGAUAAGGCGCUGGAUCAGGUGGAGGAUGCGCGCCGGCUGGGCGCGGAUGUCAUCCUGGGCGGAAAUCGCGUGGAAGGCUCCCGCGGGUACUUCUUCGCGCCGACCAUACUGACGGGCAUGACGCGCGAGAUGCUGGUGUCGCGCGAGGAAACGUUUGCGCCGGUGGCGGCGCUGUAUCGGUUCGAGACGGAGGCGGAGGCGGUGCAGCUGGCCAACGACACCAGCAUGGGACUGGCAAGCUAUGCGUUCACGAAGAACGUCGACCGUAUGUGGCGGCUGCUGGAGAGUUUGGAGGCGGGCAUGAUCGGGAUGAACACCGGUAACUCGUCGGCGGCGGAGUCGCCGUUUGGCGGGAUGAAGGAGUCGGGGUAUGGCAAGGAGAGCGGACGGGGGGUAGCGGUGGAGGAGUAUUUGGUGACGAAGACUGGGACGUUGACUGUGAGUCCGGAGGUAUAG